UUGCCAAAAUGAAUGACAAUAUUCCGCGAACUCUACGUACAGCUUUUAUAACAUUUUACCUUUUUACGAGAAAUUUAUGUAGAAAUGAAGAUAUCAUGGGACUGUUCAACAAUACUUCUCACAUUUUUGUGGAUCUCAUGCACCGCUGAAGAAUAUUACUACCACCCAUACAACGUGACUCGGAGCACGGUCUCUGGUAUCGCCGCAUACCGUUCCGCCCUCACGCUGGAUUGGCUAGCAGCCGAGGACUCGCGCCAGAGGGAGUUGGCAGCAGCCUUUGAGACAGAAGCGGCCCCUCCAUCCAGGGUCCUUGCCACAGAGUGCAUUGCUUACUCCCGCCCGUCUGCGGGAAAAGUGGCGAGACUUAUGCUGGAGUUGUUGAAAAAUUUGGAAGGUGAUGAUGCGAAGUUGGUACCGGAAUUGAUACAAGUGUUGAUCAGAAACAAGUUGCUGGUGGAAACCUCGGCCCUGGAUGCGGAGCCGGACCUGGAAGCACUGGUGAAGACUCCAGGGGUGAUGAUGGGGGAACCCCACGUCACGUUCCCCAGGAUACUCGCCAUGUUAUGGCUGACUAUCACCGACCCAACCACGACGAAGAAGUACGGGUGGUGUCCAAUCAAUAAGGUGAACAAGUACUUGUCAGCAAACAAGCCCGCAGUGGUAGCUAAGCACAUGCGCGCACUUGAGCCGAUAGUCGCGCGCGCACGUUUUAUAAUGGAAGAGUUCAUACAAAACAUCACGCCGCUCAACAUAUACCAGAAGAAGACUACCAAGUCUGAGACAGCGGCACCAGUGAGGCGUAUGGUGUCACUUGGAGGCAAACUGGUGAAGACUGUAAGAAGGCCAAUGAGAUACUAUGAAUCGGAUAAAGUUGACGAAAUGCUAAUGUCGACGACCAAUGAUAGUAUGGCGGAAGAAUCUCUUCCGAUGAUAGACGGCUCGCAAGAAGUGGUAACCAACACUUGUGACGCGCUAGUGAUGUACAGGAGCUUGGUCCUUGUGUGUCUUUUGAUAUAAAC